UGAAAACAUAAGCGCGAAACCGAAGAUGAAGCCAACUCGAGGCUCGAGCAGAGCAUCAACACAGGGUCCUAAAGCCGCCGGUCGGAGUGGAAAAAGAUUACAGCAAAAACCACUGCCUGACAGUCAGGGUGCACAAAAUCAGGGAAGAAAAAAAGCCCCUGCAGAGCAGAGAAAGGUGAAAGGCCAAGAGAAAUGGAAACCAUUGACCAAGUCCUCCAUUAUGGUCCUUGACAACAUGCUGAGUUUGUCAAUACUAUCUGUUCUCGCAUUGAAAAAAAAUGAAAAAACUGAGACACAGAAGCACCUUAACGCACUGAAAGACCAGUUCCUUGCCAAAUGUUCUCAACUUCCGGUGCCGCUCCAGAAACAGGGAAGCACGAUGCAUGGUUCCCACCAGUUUCACACAGAGUCCCAGAAGGUUAAGCAUGGCAAAAAUAAACUCAAGGCAUUAGAGGAAAGCAGCCAGGCGGUGGUUAGCCAACUGGAGCAGCUGCAGGGAAAGAUGGACAGUUUGGAGAACGAGUGUAGGGUCAUGAGGGACCGUUUGGAGGAAGAAGAAUUGAAUGCGCAGAAGCUGACUGAACAAGAAGUUCUGCACCUUCCUGCUUUACCACUUUAUCCUCAAGAUGAACCGACAUUACAGGAGAAGAUCAUGAAAGUAGUGCCUGAUCCUAAAGCUGUCAUGAAGGCUCUUCAAAAAAGACAACUAACCGGGAAUGUUAAAGCCUUUUUGGAGUUGGCUCAUAAGCAGAUGGAUGACCUCUGACUCACCCUGGCACGCCAAACAACUGGAUCAUGGUUUUUGUUAAAUUUCUUUGUUCUUGUAAUUAAUAAAACUUUUGUAACUUGAAAGGGUAAAUAU